AUGGCACAAGACGGUGGGCUCAUCCUCCGGCUUCAAUAUUGGCAUCAAAGCCCCGUGGGAGAAUCAGAACAGCACAAUGUCGCGUUUCACAGCCUAAUCAACGACUAUCUUGAAGCGUGCCGUCGUCGAGCUCCUCUCUCCUAUCCCUGGGAUUGUCGGCAGGUACCACUCACACCGGGCAGCGGUAACCCUCGCUGUAUUGUUCCAGUCCAGGUCAAUCUUGUACAUCAACACCACCGCCAUGCGAGCGACGUCGCCGCAUCGGAGUGCAGGCACCUAUGGAACAGCCUCAAGUCGCUCACGACGCUUGCAGAGUUCCGAACCUUCUUUGGCAGCCCGUUCAUUUGUCUCAAUGUCUAUGCGGUUGGGGUAGAAGACAGCUGGAGACACGAAUACGCAUUUGGCAUCAUGGUUCAGAACUUGCGGAUUGAAACAAUCCCCGUCCAUCAUAUCGUUGAGAAUCAGCUGGACUUCCUUAGGGACAGCGUACUCCUCACAGCUGAAGUGGUUGCCAUCCUUGUGAGGCACGCAUUGCCGAUGGCAGGCGCUCAAGGUGCGGUGCAAAGAUCCGCACAGGAAGAGCUCUUAAGGGUGAUCGAAAUAGCACAAGAGUUACACGACAUUCAGAUUCCGAGUCGUGGCUCUCAGCUCAAUGAUGAAAGAGUGCUUCAGGAAAUCUUGCAACCAAUCACAAGAGCAAGACAAGUAUUCCAGGAAGCCUAUGGCUCCGCGGUCUCGAGGCUCCAGACAGUUUGUGACAGCCAAAAUGCACGACCCGAGGAUGUUAUGGAGGCUAUCGUCGCCGUCCGCAAAAUGUCAUUGCUUUUCCCAGGUGCGGACCAGGCUUCGCGUGACCUUACCACCACCGUCAAAAACAAGAAAAGUGACACAAACAGAAAAGUCGGGGCUGGAGCUAUCGGUGGCGGUCUAGUCGCUCUUUAUGCUGCUGUCUACUUCUUUGGUGGUCCUGUCGUUGCCGGAUGCUGUAUCUACACCUGGGUAACGGGAGGCACGGCCAGCAGCCUCGCACUUGCAGGAAUAAUUGGUGCUAUCGGAGGGUCAGCUUGUGCGGAGCGAAUAGCCGUUGAUUGUGUCCAAACCCAGCGCCAUAAUGAGACCCUCAAAAAUGCACGAAAUGACGUCCAUGCGGCGCUGCGGAAACUUCAGCUCCUCUUAGCCGCUUACUGGUUGACGAACGUUUGGAAGAUCGACCUUGCACAGAGCCCGGAUCGGGAGAGAGAGGCGUACCUGAGCAGCCUCGGGGUCGAUUCACAAUAUUUUGGGCAGAGAGAGUACGACCUGGCACAACUUCGCGAUCUGUUUGACGAAUUUGUGCUCAGGCAUGAUACCAUGAGGCGGUGCUGUGACCGCCUAUACCGUGAUCUUGGAGUCACGGUGGAUGUGCAAGCUCAAGAACCUGUCGGAUGA